AUGAGCGAAAAAAUUGGGGCGAGCUGGGAAUUGAACCCAGGGCCUCUCGCAUACUUGAAAAUGUUCAUUGAACAGUACCCAAAGCGAGAAUCAUACCACUAG